AAGUCCACACACCGAGCUUGAAAAACUCUCAACAUUUCUCUCUCCAAACAGAAACAGCAAGAAAAUCACAAAGAAAACCCCGAAAAGGAAACUAGAAAAAAUAUAAAAAAAGGUUCUCACUUUGCUUUCUUUUUCCCUUGUUUGGUUUUCAAACUAUACCAGCGAUGAAUGGGGAGAAAAAUUUCGAAGAAGAAGUGAAAAUGGAAGAGGAGAAAGAGAAGGUGGUGUUCAUGUGGGGCUAUCUUCCUGGAGCUCUACCGCAAAGGUCGCCUCUUUUGUCGCCGACCAUCGUGCGGACGCCCGGCCCCGAGUACACGUAUAAGGAUGUGUGUGGAGGCGGUUGCGGCUUCGCCAUGGCCCUUUCUGAGUCUGGAAAGAUUAUUACAUGGGGUUCAACAGAUGAUCUAGGUCAAAGCUAUGUGACAUCUGGGAAGCAUGGGGAAAAUCCGGAGCCUUUUCCUCUUCCAACUGAUGCUUCUAUAGGAAAAGCUGCCGCAGGUUGGGCUCAUUGUGUUGCAGUCACAGAUAUUGGAGGAGUUUACACAUGGGGAUGGAAAGAGUGUGUUCCGUCUGGAAAGUUUCUUGGAGAGCAACCUAUGGGGGCAAACGUUGAAAAGGAUGCAAUUGAAAGGCAGAGUUCUUAUUUGAACGAGCAAGUUAGCCCUCGCUCUCAAGGCUCACAAUCCACUGGCGGGGCAUUUUCUGUUAGUGAUCCUCGAGGAUCUGGAGAAGAAAGUACAAAGCGACGAAGAUUAUCUUCGGCAAAGCAAGCGGCUGAAAGUUCAUCAUCUGGUGAUGAACCUCUCUCAGCAUUGCCAUGCCUUGUGACAUUGAACCCAGGAGUUAGAAUAGCUACAGUUGCUGCUGGAGGGCGCCAUACUCUGGCAUUAUCAGUUUCAGAUAUAGGACAAGUGUGGGGAUGGGGCUAUGGAGGUGAAGGGCAACUUGGUCUGGGCUCCCGGAUACGUAUGGUAUCCUCUCCUCAUCCUGUACCUUGCAUUGAGCCCUCUUCUUAUGGAAAAGAUAGAUCUGCAGCACUGCCUCGAGGAACCAUGGGUUCAGAGGGACUCGGUCUUCGAGUUCCUGGUAAUUAUGUGAAGGGGAUCGCAUGUGGAGGGCGACAUAGUGCAGUAAUCACAGAUGCUGGAGCAGUACUUACUUUUGGUUGGGGGCUGUAUGGACAGUGUGGGCAAGGAAGUACAGAUGAUGAAUUAAGCCCGGCUUGUGUAUCUUCACUACUGGGUAUCCGGAUAGAGGGUGUUGCUGCAGGACUGUGGCACACUGUCUGCAUUUCAGCUGAUGGUGAUGUUUAUGCAUUUGGCGGGAAUCAGUUUGGACAGCUGGGAACUGGAGCUGAUCAAGCUGAGACUAUACCAAGACUUUUGGAUGCUCCAAGUCUGGAAAAUACAAAUGCAAAGAUUGUUUCCUGUGGAGCACGUCAUAGUACCAUAAUCACAGACGAUGAUAAAGUUUUCGGCUGGGGAUGGAACAAGUACGGUCAGCUUGGCUUGGGUGAUGUGAUCGACCGCAACAUUCCAGCUCAAGUCACAAUUGAUGGAUGUGUGCCAAAAAAUGUGGCAUGUGGCUGGUGGCAUACCUUACUACUUGCUGAACCCACUUGAGUUCUUCUAGUCCAGAGGCCAUGGUACAGUUUUGUUAGGUAGUGUUCAUUGAACAGCUGGUAGCUAUUGAGUAACAUGUACAUACAGUAGUUUGUAUAUACAUAUGCAUAUGUAUUAUGUAUGUAUAUGCAUGUACUGCUCAUUCUUUCA